GCUGGUCCUGAAGGUUGGGGGCAGUGAGGUGACUGAACUCUCAGGGUCUGGUCACGACUCCAGUUACUACGACGAUAGGUCAGACCAUGAGCGAGAGAGGCACAGAGAGAAGAAGAAAAAGAAGAAGAAGAAGUCAGAGAAGGAGAAGCGUCUGGAUGACGAGGAAAGGAGGAAACGAAAGGAGGAAAAGAAGCGGAAGCGAGAGAGGGAACACGGUGGCUCAGAGGGCGAGGCUGGCGACUUCGACCCUGGGAAGAAGGUGGAGGUGGAGCCGCCCCCUGAUCGGCCCAUCCGUGCCUGCCGCACACAGCCAGCUGAGAGCGAGAGCACACCCAUUCAGCAGCUCCUGGAGCAUUUCCUCCGCCAGCUCCAGAGAUCCUCAUGGAUUUUUUGCUUUUCCCGUCACGGAUGCAAUUGCUCCUGGAUAUUCAAUGAUAAUAAAACAUCCCAUGGAUUUUGGCACAAUGAAAGACAAAAUUGUAGCUAAUGAGUACAAGUCAGUCACAGAAUUUAAGGCAGAUUUCAAACUGAUGUGUGAUAAUGCCAUGACGUACAACAGACCAGACACUGUGUACUACAAGCUCGCCAAGAAGAUCCUUCAUGCAGGCUUUAAGAUGAUGAGCAAACAGGCAGCUCUUCUGGGCAAUGAAGAUACAGCUGUUGAGGAACCCGUUCCUGAAGUUGUACCUGUACAAGUAGAAACUGCCAAGAAGUCCAAAAAGCCAAGUAGAGAAGUUAUCAGCUGCGUGUUUGAGCCUGAGGGAAACGCCUGCAGCCUGACGGACAGCACCGCAGAGGAGCAUGUGCUGGCCUUGGUGGAGCAUGCAGCUGAUGAGGCUCGUGACAGGAUCACCCGGUUCCUGCCAGGUGGCAAGAUGGGCUACCUGAAGAGGAGUGGAGAUGGGAGCCUGCUCUACAGCGUGGUCAACACCGUCCAGCCGGACCCUGACGAAGAGGAGACACACCCGGUGGACCUGAGCUCACUUUCCAGCAAGCUGCUCCCGGGCUUCACGACGCUGGGCUUCAAAGAUGAGAGGAGAAACAAAGUCACGUUUCUCUCUAGUGCCAGUACUGCACUUUCAAUGCAGAACAAUUCAGUGUUUGGGGACUUGAAGUCAGAUGAAAUGGAGCUGCUAUAUUCGGCCUACGGAGAUGAGACGGGCGUGCAGUGUGCGCUGAGCCUGCAGGAGUUUGUGAAGGAUGCGGGGAGUUACAGCAAGAAAAUGGUGGACGACCUCUUGGACCAGAUCACAGGCGGAGACCACUCAAGGAUGCUCUUCCAGCUGAAGCAGAGGAGAAAUGUUCCCAUGAAACCUCCAGACGAAGUAAAGGUUGGGGACACCCUGGGAGAUGGUGGUGGCUCUGUUCUGGAUUUCAUGUCUAUGAAGCCGUACUCUGAUGUCUCUCUGGACAUCUCCAUGCUCAGCUCUCUGGGGAAAGUGAAGAAGGAGCUGGACCACGACGAAAGCCACCUGAACUUCGACGAGACAACUAAGCUGCUGCAGGACCUGCAUGAAGCGCAGGCAGAGCGUGGGGGUUCCCGGCCAUCAUCCAACCUCAGCUCCCUGUCCAAUGCCUCCGAGAGGGACCAGCACCACCUGGGAAGUCCUUCUCGCCUUAGUGUUGGGGAGCAGCCGGAUGUGACCCACGACCCUUAUGAGUUUCUUCAGUCUCCAGAGCCUGUGGUCUCUACAAAGAACUAACCUUGUAGGUAGUCUUCAGUGUCAUGUCUUUACCUUUUUUUAAGUUUUAAUUUGUAUGUACCGUUUUUGUCAUGAGACAGAGACUUUUAUCUUAUCCCCUUUGGCAUGCGGGAAGCAGCUCCGGGGUGGUGGUGAAUUGUCCGUCCUAUCAUGUCAGCAGAAAAGAGAUACCAUGUCACUGUACAUAGUCCCAGGAGUCCUGGAUGGUGAAGGUAAUAGAUGAAGGGAGUAUGACCAGAUUGUAAAGCCGUGGGUGGUUUCUUCCUGAGUGUCACUGUGCUGGUGUGGAUGUAUCUGUUUCUGCCCUGCCGGCCUCCAGGGUUGUCCCUUGGGAAGCACACAUGUGAGUGUGUCUGUCAUCGUCAUGUGCAAGUCCUGCGGGUUUCUGUCACAAGCUUGCAUUUCCACAUAGGCUGCAGUGGGGGCUGCUCAGGAGCCCGUGGGAAGCCUGCAGGGAGGCUGGGAUGAGAGCAGCCUCCCAAUUUGUUUAGUUGAUGAGCCUGAGAAAGGAGCGCGUUGUGGUGAAAAACAGCGAUCUGUCCUGCCUGUUGCAGUGAAGCGUUCAGUGUCCGUAAGUGGAUGUGUUUACCAGAUACCUGUGUAUACUACGCACAGAUCUUAAUAAAGAGAGACGUGAAGAGCAGAAGA